UGUUGGGAAAGGUCCUUGUGACCCCCUACUCCUGGGCAGCGCAAGAGACCCACUCAGCAGGUCCUACUUGGGGACUCUGCUGUCUGGGACUCAGUUCAUUUUUAGAUGGCCUUUUGCUGGCUGUCUGCAAAAUACAAGGUCCUGAAACAACAAAGACACACUCGCUGAUGACGGAUGUUGGGCCAGGAAAUCACAGAAGUCAGCCUGGAGCAGGAGCCUCUGUCAGCCAGGAGCGAUGGAGUUCCAGGGAACAGAGAAGCUCCUGCUGCCCGGGUGCCCUUCCUGCAGAGAGGGCACUUGGGCAGCCCUCCAAGAGAGUCUAGAGCAUUCCAGGAGGGGGAAAGCACUGAGCCAAGGCCCGAGGGGGCUGAACUGCACAGUCAAGAACAGUACCUGCCUGGACGACAGCUGGAUCCACCCUCGGAACCUCACCCCCUCAUCCCCCAAAAACGUGCAGACCCAGCUGCGCUUCGCCCACACGCAGCAAGGACACUUGCUUCCCGUGGUUCACAUCGAGUGGACGCUGCAGACAGAUGCCAGCGUCCUCUACCUGGAGGGGGCGGAGCUGUCCAUCCUGCAGCUGAGCACCAACGAGCGUCUGUGUGUCAGGUUUGAGUUUCUGACCACACUGAGGCAUCAUCACAAGCGGUGGCGAUUUGCCUUCAGCCACUUCGUGGUAGAACCCAGAGAGGAGUACGAGGUGACCGUCCACCACCUGCCUAAGCCCAUCCCUGACGGGGACCCAAACCACCAAUCCAGAAACUUCCUGGUGCCCGACUGCAAGGACCCCAGGAUGAAGGACACCACGCCAUGCGUGAGCUCAGGCAGCCUGUGGGACCCCAACAUCACCGUGGAGACUCUUGAGGCCCACCAGCUGCGGCUGAGCUUCACCCCGUGGAAUGAGUCCACCAGUUACCAGGUCCUGCUGCACAGCUUCCCGCCUGCGGAGAACCAGAGCUGCUUCCAACAUGUUGUCGACAUGCCCGUGCCCGCACAGGAAGCCACCCCGCAGCGCUGCCACAUCACGGUCACCCUGCGGGACUCCAGCUGGUGCUGCCGCCACCACGUGCAGAUCCAGCCCUUCUUCAGCAGCUGCCUCAACGACUGCCUCCGACACUCGGUGUCCGUGGCCUGCCCGGAGGUCUCACACACCCCAGACGCUGCUGAAGACCACACGCCCCUGUGGGUGUCUGCGUUCAUCACAGGCCUCUCCAUCCUACUGGUGGGCUCCGUCAUCCUGCUGAUCCUCUGCAUGACCUGGAGGCUACCAGGGUUCCGUCAAGGAAAACAUGAAGAUGGCACCAAAGACACAGAGAUCCUGCCCGCUGCCACCAGCCUGAGCCCCCCGCCCCUGAAGCCCAGGAAGGUCUGGGUCAUCUACUCCGCCGACCACCCCCUCUACGUGGAUGUGGUCCUCAAGUUCGCCCAAUUUCUGCUCACCGUGUGUGGCACCGAAGUGGCCCUGGACCUGCUGGAGGAGCAAGCCAUCUCAGAGGUAGGGGUCAUGACCUGGGUGGGGCGCCAGAAGCAGGAAGUGGCAGACAGCAACUCCAAGAUCAUCGUCCUGUGCUCCCGAGGCACCCGGGCCAAGUGGCAGGCGAUGCUUGGCUGGGAGGACGCCGCCGCCGUGCAGCUCCGCUGCGACCGCGGGCAGCCGGCGGGGGACCUGUUCACGGCGGCCAUGAACAUGAUCCUGCCGGACUUCAAGAGGCCGGCCUGCUUCGGCACCUACAUCGUCUGCUACUUCAGCGACAUCAGCUGCGAGGCGGACGUGCCCGACCUGUUCAACAUCACCUCCCGCUAUGAGCUCAUGGACCGGUUCGAGGAGGUCUACUUCCGCAUCCAGGACCUGGAGAUGUUCGAGCCGGGCCGCAUGCACCGCGUGGGGGCGCUCGCGGCCCAGAACUACCUGCAGAGCCCCAGCGGCCGGCAGCUCCGCGAGGCAGUGCAGCGCUUCCGUCGCUGGCAGGCCGAGCGCCCGGACUGGUUCGAACUGGAGAACCUCCGCUCGGCGGACGGCCUGGACCUCCCGUCCCUGGACGAGGAGGCCUUCGAGGAGGAGCCGCUGCCCGAAGGAGGGAUCGUCCGGCAGGAGCCGCUGGUGCGGGAGCCCACCUCCCGGGACCACGUGCUGGUGAAGCUGCUCCUCGCCGGGGAAGGAGGGGGCGGCCUGGCGCGGCUGGAGCCCCAGCCCCGGCCCCCGGGGCAGCCGGCAGCCCCAACGCUCCAGACCAUGGUGGUCCCGGUGGACAGGGUCCCUCGGGCUCAGGUAGUGGAGCCCGUCCCACAGGAGGUGGGGAGUGGCGCUGGCCGGCUGGCCCUGGUGGAGGGAGAAGAGGCCUGCCCGCUGUUGGGGGGCCAGGGUCCCCGGCGGAACAGCGUUCUCUUCCUCCCCGUGGGGCGGCUCCCGCCCCCCAAGCAGAACCCGAGCCUCCAGGACCUGCUCACGCCCCCCGAGGAGGAGCAGCGGCGGUCUGUGCAGUCGGACCAGGGCUACAUCUCCAGGAGCUCCCCGCAGCCCCCCGACGACGACGACGACGACGACAGCGGGGAGGGGGUCGGGGAGGAGGACGGGGGGCAGCCGCUGUCCCCCCAGGGCCUGGAGAGCCUGCGCAGCCUCCAGCUGCUGCUCUUUUUCCAGGAGCUUAGCAAGAACCCCGGCCUUGAGCCCGAGGGGCCGCCAUGCGAGGCCCUCCCCCAGCUGGGGCGGUGAGUGAGCACGUGUAUGCGUGUGAGCACGUGUGUGCAUGUGUGCACGUGUGGGCUUGCGCCCGUGAGGCCGCACUUUUAAAGAUAGCCAGCUUGACUGUGGGAGAAGGAAAUGGCAACCCACUCCAGUGUUCUUGCCUGGAGAAUCCCAGGGACAGAGGAGCCUGGUGGGCUGCCGUCUAUGGGGUCGCACAGAGUCGAACAUGACUGAAGCGACUUAGCAUGCAUGCAUUGGAGAAGGAAAUGGCAACCCACUCCAGUGUUCUUGCCUGCAGAAUCCCAGAGACAGGGGAGCCUGGUGGGCUGCCAUCUAUGGGGUUACACAGAGUCAGACACGACUGAAGCGACUUAGCAGCAGCAGCUUGACUGCGUCCCCUUAGCUUUUCUUCGGGUCCCUAUGUGGUCACCUUCCAUCCCCAAGACCCCAUGGCCCAUUCCCAGGAGCUAAAGGACAGACCAUCUGCCAUUCCUCUCUUCGGCCUUUAUCUUGGGUCCAGUAUAGCCCUGACCGCCAAGGAACUGCUCCUCUAGUGGGAGGGUCGGGGCAGCACACAGGGCAAGACGUGGUGGCCGAAGGGGUGCCGGGG